CUGGGGGAGACGCUGACCCCGGGCCUUUUCUCCUUCCCUCCUUUGCUCGUUGCAGCUGUGGUCUGUGGUUUGCCGUGGUGGGCCAUGCUGGGUGGUAGCCUAAGCUCUGUACGCGUGGGCUGCGUUUCCACAGUAGCUUCUAGGGCCCUGGGCAGCACCGGUCACAGUGGUUUGGGGCAGGCAUAUCUUACCUAUAUUUUUUAGGGCAGUGACAGAAAAAUUCAGGUAGAGCAGAAGGCAGUGUAGAGGCCGUUAAAGCUCCUCCAUUCCAAAAUAACAUGUAACUGGGCUCAGUGCCACAUGCCUGUGAGCCUAGCACUCAUGAAGCUGAGGCAGGAGGAUGGCGGUGAGUUCUCGGACAGCUUGAGCUAUAGAGUAGGACAACUUUCAGAAAACAAAAUAAAGAAAAGCAAGCAAAAAAAAAAAAAAACCCAAUGAAAUGUAAACCACCCUCUAAGUUUGUCAGUUAAUCGUGUGAACUCACAGAAAAAUCACCCUUCCCCAGCCCCCCAGCCCCCGUCAGACGCAGGAAACCACUGCUGCUGCUUUAGAACUGGAUUCUUGGGCCAACAAAACGGCCCAGUGGGUAGACGUGCUUGCCUUGUAAGCCCAAUUACCCGAGUUCAGUUUCAGGAGCUCACGAAAGGGUGGGAGGGGCCGACUCCAUCAAAUUGUCUCAACUCCACGUUCCGACAGUGGUGUGUGGACACAGACAGACAGACAAAAUUCUAAUGAAGUUUUCAAAAAGUCACCUGACUUCCUGCUCUGACUGAGUCCUGGAAGUUUUCCUCGACACAGGGAGAGUGAAUUUCAGGUGUCAAGAAGGAAAUCAGAGUGGCCGCAGAGAUGGCUCAGAGGUUAAGAGCACUGACUGCUCUUCCAGAGGUCCUGAGUUCAAUUCCCAGCAACCACAUGGUGGUUCACAACCAUCUAUAAUGAGAUCUGGCGCCCUCUUCUGGCCUGCAGAGAUGCGUGCAGACAGAGCACCCAAUACAUAGGAAAGAGAUCAGAGCUGGGAGUGGUGGCCCAGCCUGCCACCCCAGCUCCUGGUAGAGGAUUAGGAGGCCGGUGGAGGAGGCAGGAGGAUUAGUUUAACUAUAUUGUACUAUAUAGUUUGACUAUAUAGUAAGUGUGAGGCCAGUCAUAUCUCCAACAAAACCCCAAACAAAAGUUAUGAAUGGCCAUUUCCCCUCUAAUAAAAGCGGUAGAAUGAAUAGACAAGCUUGUGCUGUUUCCCAGCGUGCUGUCAAGGGCCGGGCACAUAGCUACACUGGACACCAGUUCCUGACUCCCUGUGGGAGCUCUGUGAGACGCUUGCCUUUGUCUGGUGUGCUCCUGAGUGGCGUGUGGGCACUCUGAAUAGCCACUAACAAACACCUUUGCUGUAUUGGCUGGCACAGAGGUAGACUAACUGUCAAGGUCAUGACCAGGGGUAUGGGAAGCCCUGGGCAGGGGAGGGCACGGGACCUGGCCAAGACUGAGCUUGGGAGGGCUGGCAGUUUGCAGAGUAGAGACAGUGUUUCCAGAACACUGUGUCCUGAGCCAGCCAGCCCUCCCUGCUGAGCGGAGAGCUCUGGAGAGCGAGACUGGCAGGUCCUGCCAGCCCCACAGGGAGGAGGUGGCUCUGGGAAGCCAUGGGAACAACUGACCCCGUGCAGGGCCAAGGAUCUUCUGCACCCCCGGUCCUGCUGCAGCCAUGGAAUUCUUCUGGAACAGCAUGGAAGCCCAGCCCUCCCAGGAGAUCUGGAGAGCAUAGGGCCUUCUCCUUCAUUCCUGGGAGUGCUUCACCGAUACAGACACAUUUUGGGGCUGUGGCAGCCAGACAUCGGGCCGUAUGGAGGACUGCUGAACGUGGUGGUGGAUGGCCUGUUCAUCAUCGGCUGGAUGUACCUGCCUCCUCAUGACCCCCAUGUUGGUGACCCCAUGCGAUUCAAGCCACUGUUUAGAAUCCACCUGAUGGAGAGGAAGUCAGCUACGGUGGAGUGUAUGUACGGCCACAAAGGGCCCCACAACGGCCACAUCCAGAUCGUGAAGAGAGAUGAGUUCUCCACCAAGUGCAACCAGACAGACCACCACAGGAUGUCCGGUGGGAGGCAGGAGGAGUUUCGGACAUGGCUGAGGGAGGAGUGGGGCCGCACGCUGGAAGACAUCUUCCACGAGCACAUGCAGGAGCUGAUUCUGAUGAAGUUCAUCUACACCAGUCAGUACGACAACUGCCUGACCUACCGCCGGAUCUACCUCCCACCCAGCCACCCCGAUGACCUCAUCAAGCCCGGCCUCUUUAAGGGCACCUAUGGCAGCCACGGCCUGGAAAUCGUGAUGCUCAGCUUCCACGGCUCACGGGCCAGGGGCACCAAGAUCACGGGCGACCCCAACAUCCCCGCGGGGCAGCAGACUGUGGAGAUUGACCUGCAUCGCCGCAUCCAGCUGCCCGAUGUGGAGAACCUCCGCAACUUCAAUGAACUCUCCAGGAUCGUCCUGGAGGUCCGCGAGCAGGUGCGGCAGGAGCAGCAGGAGGCCGGCGAGGACCCCGCCCCACCCCGGGAGCCUUCCGCGAAGGGCCCCGAGGGGCCGCCACCCGCUGCCGCCGCCGCCGCCGCCGCCGGGGACAGCAAAGAGGCUGGCAGCGGAGCUGAGGCAGCCGCCGCCGCCGCCGCCGAGCAGUCGGCCUCAACUGGGCAGGGGCAGCCGUUUGUGUUGCCCGUGGGCGUCAGCUCGAGGAAUGAAGACUAUCCCCGGACUUGCCGGCUAUGUUUCUACGGCACAGGCCUCAUCGCUGGCCAUGGCUUCACCAGUCCUGAGCGCACUCCUGGAGUCUUCGUCCUGUUUGAUGAGGACCGCUUUGGGUUUCUCUGGCUGGAACUGAAGUCCUUCAGCUUGUACAGCAGAGUUCAGGCCACCUUCCAGAAUGCCGAUGCACCGUCGCCACAGGCCUUUGAUGAGAUGCUCAGGAACAUCCAGUCUCUCACCUCCUGACCUCCACGUGGGCGGAGAGGCUGCCCUGGGGCCUGGGGUGGGGGAAGCAUGCACUUUGGAAAUGAACGCACACCUCCUCACGAGGGCCCCGUUGGCCCCGAGGCACUUCUUGUAUAGUGUGUAACAUACUCUUGUAUAGUUGAUCUGUCGGUAGCUGUGAGGGAGAGGAGUGAGCACCGUGGGGGAGUAAACAGUUGGCCAGGGGGAGUCUGACUAGCUGGUGGCUGGGGCACAGAGAGUCAAAUGGAUGCCUUCAGGUUCUCUGGAGAAAGUGAAUCUGUCUUUAGGGAAGGUUAUGACCCAGCCGCCAUGGAUCAUGGGAGGUGUUCCCUUUGGAUGACCUGGCAGUCACAGCUGGAAGGUGGCCUCAGUGGAGUUUGGAGUAUCGGGCCCAGGGACCCUGGAUGGGUUUCUAUUUCCUCACUAACUUGCUUAGACAAGGGCAUUCUACCAUGACCUGUUUUCCUGUUCUGGCUGAUAGGAGCCACCAAGGAGUGCCCCUGCUGCCUCCAUCCUGGCCCCCUGGUGUCCUCUGCGUCACACCUGCUCUAGCAUUAGAGCCAAGCUGCCAGGCCAGCCACUUGCUUGUCCCCAGCAGCCACACACCACUCCCUUGGUCUUCCACACACACGAUGGAGAGCUGGCCCUGUCUGUUUGUGGGGCCUGUCCUUGCUGCACACCACGUCCCUGUUGCUUUCACCUCAUGCUUGUGCAGGUGCCUCCCACAGCGUUGGUGUCAGCAGAGAGAGAGGGCCGCUUUCUAGACGGUCACACUUGUGUGUGGUAGUGCACUGGGAUCUUUGCUAAUUGAGGACUCAUCUGGUCAGAGACCCUGAGUGCUGGGCCAUGCUAAUGUUUGUAUGGGGAACCCUUUCUGAGGACAUUAGUGUCUCCCCCGGGGCAGAGACCAAGAGCUCAGACCUUUGGAACUCCCGCUAUCACUUCCAGUCCUCAGCAGACUUCUAGGCCGCCUCUCCCACCCUGGCGGCUCAACCCUGAGGGUGAGCCCUUGUACUUGGUGUUCAGAACUCAGCCUGUUGGUGAGAGACCUUAGGAAGGUGGCGGCCACACGAGGAUGGCCGUACCCUCCCUAACAAUGGCAGGCCUUUCCUGUCAGAAGGGCCUGCAGACUCGGGAGGUAGCGGGCAAAGGACCCUUGUGAACUGGCUUGGGGUACUGGCUUUUGCUGUGACAGCCUGCAGCGAGUUGCCGGGGCUGGGUUCUGGUCUCUGGCAUCUUUUGCAGGACGGAGUCCAGCCUUUUGUUACUUCCUUUGUUAGUCAUGAGUGUUCCUAUUGUGCCAAAUGAGGUAGGCUCUGGACGGUGGGGACUAUGACUAUGAAGACCGGACAGCUGGGCAUGCAGGUGGCUGCUCUUCUGGUCUCGCUGUGUUUGGAGAAAAUCAGGAAUACGUUUUACCCAGGCCCCGAGGCUUACUGUGGGGAUGCUGUAGUUUGGAAUUUUCUAAAGUGUCCCCAGGCACUUCCAGUUUAGUAAGGGCGGUCACACGUAUUAGCCAGUCACAUAUUGGCUUUCCUGAAUGCAUGCCCCAUUUGCUGCAGGUGAGGGUUGACAAGGGCUGGCAUCACUGUUGGAUGGAGGUGGAACAAACAGUGCUGCCCAGUGUAGGGAACAGCCAGGCCCAGGUACUCUACAGGAGGCAGAUAGAUGUCUUUGUCCCUUGCCACCCCCCCCCCCAAUGUGAGAACUGUUGGCUGGCCUUAUCAUUUUGCUCCUCAGGCUGCAGAGUCCAUGGAAGGUGGAGAGAAGGCCUCUUGUGGGUCUCCACACUUGGCCUGCUCUGCUGUGUGUGUGUGUGGUUGAGGUCAGGUGCAAGCCUCAGGAAGUUUUUCUAGUGGGGACAGUUCUUGUGUGUGAGGAUGUUGCUGAUGUCUGUUUAGGCCCUGAUGUGUUCAGGCCCUGAGGCAGUGGCAGGACAUUGGCUAUCAUUUCUCAGACUUUCAGCAUCUGAAGUCCGCCCUUGGGAGGCCAGUACCGGGAGUCCCAGACUCCUUGCUUUGGUCCUGACUCACCUUUGUCCCUCUGGCAUCCACUGCCUGGCUGUUUGUGGCAUGUGUUCAGACCCUGGGCCCCUCUGCUCUGGGCUGUCAGCUCCGCAGCAUCCCUGCGCCUCCUCUUGGGUCCUCCCUGUUCCCGCAUGUCUGCCGAUAGAGUGGGUGCUUGGCAGUUCCUGGCCAGAUGCUGGUCAGCCAGCCCUUCCUCACAUCAUGCGAUGAGCUCGGAGGCACUUGUUAGACUUGUUCCUUCACCAAGAACUCGGGAGCUGGGCACUGCUGGGGCUGGACAGCCGGGGCGCCUCCCCAGCUGCCGGCUUUCUAUCCCAGUCCUCCAGUGGCUCUGUCUGCUCGCCAAGCUUGCUGGGAACAACACCCGCGCAUUGUAUGUUCACUUUUUAGUACUUGUGGGCAUUAGUGGGGAGGAACCAUCCUCCUCGGCUGUCAGGAUUUUGUGAACCCCAGGACACCUAGUUUGGGCCUCUUCCUCAAGAGAGUGAUGCACGGGCGACAUCAAGCACCUGACCUGUAAUGUGAUGCUGGGCAGAGCGUCUGGGUCUGCUGAGCUCCUUCUGCCCCUGCCUUUCUGUCCUGAUUGGGCAGAGUGUCAACCUCCUCAGGUCAUCAUCACCCAUUUGCAGUUAUAGAUCGAGUCUGUGGUUCUGGGGAAGAGUGGGAUAGAUGUCUCCCAGGAGAAGCUACAGAUAGGAGGGCAUGGUUUAGAACUUGAGAAUGAGGCCCUGGCAUUCACAGCCCCUUGGCCCAUAUGGCUAACCUUCAAAGAGGGGUUUCGUGGUGGACACUGAGGCACCCACAGGACCGUUUUCUGUGGCUGGAUCUUUUGUGUUUGCAUGGAGACCAACAAAAAAAACACCAGAACGUGCUUUUUCAGCCCAAUUACUUGCGCUCACAAGCCUGUUUGGAAGAUGUGGUUUGUCUGGAAUGCCUCCGAGCUCUGGACAGAGAGUGGCUCUUAGAAGCCCUCUCGGGUCAGCUCAGCUUUGCCUAAGGAUCAGGGAAGGGCCCUGGAACAGUAGCUGCUGUGCGUCUGGGGCCUGACAUCACCUGUGACUCUGUCACCUAGGAUGUGUGGUUGUUUCUCCUUUCAGUAAACCUGUUUUUGAAGCCUU